AUGGCCUGCGAUUUUGCAACGGUGUUACAACCAGUUAGCUCUGGGUUUUCCAAUUCAUUAGAAUUUGCAUUGUACAUUGUAUUCAGUUCUGAGUAAGAUUCAUUCAAUUUUUAAUAAUUUUCACAACGCAACACUACAGGCGACCAGCGUCAAGAAACUUUGAUAAAAUACUUUUUUAUCUAAAUCUAUUGGAUCCCGAAAACAUCAAAUAUUUUUAUUUAAAUUAUAAAGAACACUUUAUAGUCUUCUUUAUCUAUCAUUUUCUUAUAAUAAUGAUACUCUGGCCAAAUCCCUACACCCUGACAACAAUCGCCGGUGUACUAGUGAUGCUCUGUAGCAUCGCAACGCAAACGGAGUUGGUUAGUGAUCGCUACGUAGCUGGUUACGAGGUGAGCCAUCCAGAACUAUGUCCAGCGUUUGGUUCCGAACUAGAGUUGAUAAUAUUCGUAACAACAGUACCUUCCCAUUUCAAAGAAAGACAAGCCAUACGAAUGACAUGGGGCGCUACGUGGAAGUUUGAAAACGUUUCCUUCGCCUUUUAUAUAGGUACUCCUCCAAAUGAAUCUAGAUCCCUGAUUCUAGAGGAAAAUGUUGCACACGGUGAUAUUAUAAUCGCCCGAUUUAUCGACACAUAUGAUAAUCUUACGCUCAAAAGUUUAUCUAUGCUUGAAUGGAUAAAUACACAUUGUCCUCUAGUUCCUAGAAUGCUAAAAACUGAUGACGAUAUGUUUAUAAACGUACCUAAGUUAUUACACUUUAUAAGACAAACUAUACAAAAGAAUAAGACGAAUACGAUAUGGGGACAAUUGAGCAAGCGUAAUUUACCAGAUCGUUAUAAUAAAACCAAGUACUUCGUGACGUAUAAAGAGUAUCCAGAAAAGUUAUACCCCCGAUUUCUUACUGGUCCAGCUUAUUUGUUGUCGACUGAUGUCACGAGAGAUUUAUUCACUACCGCUGCUAAUGAACCUUACUUUAAAAUCGAAGAUGUAUUCAUAACUGGUAUUUUAGCAGAAAAACUUAAAAUAAAAAGGAUUCAUAUCAACGAGUUCCAUAAUUCGAAAUUGCGUGGUGAAGUGUGCCGCUUGCUGGAUCAGAUAUCAGUGCAUGGAUUCACAAGCACUGAGCUGCUCAAGACAUGGAAUAAACUUCAAGCCAGUGAUUGCCCAAGCGAAAAGACUAGUGAUUAAAUCUUACAUGUUACCUUAUCAAAAAACAAAGAACGUAACGUAAGAAAAAUACUGUUGUGUUGUUUUAACUUUACUUUAGCAAGUUUAAAUUUUUAAACCAUUUAUUAUUAAGAUGUGUGAUUUUGACGAAAUAGGUCAAACGCCGCCGAUAAUACGAUAAAGAGCGAGAGUAUGUGUUCGUUAAAAUUUGGGUUUCGGGAGAAAACGUUUUUCAUUAUUUAAAUCAUGACAAGUUUGUUUGAUUUUAGUUCUGCAUACUAUAUUUUAACCUAUACCAUAUUUAAGUUCAUAAUAUUUCAAAUUGACAGAAAGAGACAAAACAUACUUUAGCUUAAAGUAUGAUUUAACUUUUUUAUGAAUAAAUAAUAAUAAAAUUGUUUGUUAUUAUGAUACAACUUAUUAUUUGAGUUUGAGUUAAUUGAAACCUUUUUAAGAUAUAUAUAUUGUUUAAACUCAUUACUAUAGUUUCAUUGUAUGUACGGGACCGAUAUGUCUCUUGCAAUGCCUCUUUGCUCUACGUAAAUCCCUAAGGCGCUGACAUGCACUUAUUCAAUUUAAAAAGCUCAGUAUGCAAUUAUAGGGGUACCUAGGCAACCCUCUACUUGCAUGAGUACUUCCACGAAAUUUUCAGAUGCCAAUACAUGAAUCUGUUGCAGAUUUUGAAUAAAGAAAAUCAAUUUUUUUUUAGUAUCAAGAACAUAAUAAAAGGGGUUUGAAGAUUUUACUAUGGAGCGUGGCAUACCUACUGCCGCCAUUUUGAUUUUUUUUCAAAAUCGCGGCCAGCCAUGAAACCUUUAUAAAUCGAUAGCUGACAUUAAUGCCAACAAAAAUUGACUACCUCCACCUGUGUCAUACCGUAACAGUGUAGUAGCAACGAAAGUUUUUUAAAUGGUAUAACCACACGCAGACUCGUUAGAAAGCUGAUGCUGGGAUGCUAAGAUAUGGAGGAUAUCCCAGGAGAAUGAAUCCAAACCCUGCUUUAUUAUUUUCAUCUAAAUUCUAACGUUAAUUUUUUGACGUAAUUCUAAUAAAGUAAAUGUGCACACAGGUAUAUUGACCGGUAUUAGCGCCUUUGUGGGUAUUAAUUAAUUUUGCAUGUUUGUGUGAUGGCUCAUAAUCAUAUUAAUGUGGUUCAAACUACAGAUUUAUAUGUUCAAUCAUUAUGAUUGUUCGUUAUGUUGAGACACAAAAUAUUUGUAAUAUUCUAUAUUCUUGUGCCUUUAAAAUUUAUAAAUUAAAUACCUUGAAAGCUAAACAUCGUAACAGUAUAUUAUGGACUGGAAUGGCACUAAACAGUGGCUUGAAAGAUGAAGAAAUUAAUCUCAUAGUAAAUCAGGAACCAAGAAAUGUGAAACAUGUAGGUACUCUGCACCAUAAAAAGGAUCAAAGAGCUGAACCAAUUCCUCCAAAUGCAAAACUUCAUAAUUCUCUCAAUACCAAGUGAAAUAUUUGGCAAAAUAAGUCUAAGUGUAGGUUCUAAUUGGUUUAUGUUAUA